AUGUCGCCGCGCCACGUGACGCUUCUCCGGAAGCCGCGCGCGAUUAAUCACGGCUUCGCGCCGGUCACGUCCGCGCCGCAAGGGCGCAGCGAGAGUCGCCUGACGCGCGCGGAGGACGAGGACUACGACGAGGAGGGGGCGCCGCCGACCGUCGACUGCCUGCAGGCGGCACUGCGGGACGGCGAGGACGACCGGCGGCAGGCCUUCGGCAGCCUGCCGAGGGCUCACGUGGCGCACGAGAUGACGGAGAGACGCCCUGCGGGCGGCGGGAGCUCGCCACAGGACAGCGGCCUGGUGCGAUCCAGAGCCGCCUGCCGCAGCGAGGGGGCGCUGCAAGCGGUGCGUGACUGGCCGACCCAGCUAGAGGCAGAACCGCAGCGUGUGGAGCUGCCGCAGACGGACGACUGGGAGAGCAACAAGAUCAAGAUCACCGUCAGCAGUAGCACGGACGCCAUCCAGGUGGGGAACAGCGCGGAACAGAGCAGGCCCAAGUUGAUGUACUUUGGCAUGUCGCCUUCGGCGGAGAGACACGAGUCGGAAGACGGCAAGGUGUCCGCCUUGGCGAAGGUAAAGCGGAACGCGGAGGUGAGCAUCAACGGCUCCCGCGUCAGCUACCGCAAGCCCGCCGAGGACGACCACCCGGCGAGCGGCUCAGGCAGUCGCAUUUCCUCCCCGAGCGCUGAAUCGGCCCCAGCCCGGCCCACCAAUCUCACGCGCAUCCCGACGCAGAAGCUGACCGACUUCGUCAGCUCCCUGGAGCGCAGCAAGAGGCGCCAGCUGUCGGCCAGCCGCGAGGAGAUCCUGACCGGCUCGCCGGCGCGUAGCUGUCGCUCCCAGUCGAGCGUGCUCGACGUCGAGCUGCAGGUGGGCACGGUCGAGUCAAUCUCGAUGCGCCUGCGGCCGACGCCGGCGCGGAAGCAGCAGCAGGUGCCGCGCUUCUCACCGCUCGCCGCCUGGCGCAGUCUGCACCUGGAGCCGACCGCGCGCCGCGCCUGGCGCGACGACCCCGCCCCCAAGCGGCCGCUGCGCGAGCAACUCUGCCGCCACCGGCCGAUCGCGCAGUCGGCCGACUCCGGCAUCGGUGGCGACGGCAGUCCGCCGCCGCCGGCGGAGCCCGAGCUCGGGUCGGCGCAGUCGCCGUCCCAUUCGCUCGAUCAGAACUGGAUGCUGAGUCGGAGCGUGCCGAGCUCGCUGAACGCCGAGCACGAGGUGGCCGACGCGCCGCGGGGCGCGGCCGGCGCGAGAUCAGACGUGGGCGCGCCUCCUGCCGGCCGCCACAUCAUGUACCUUCCCGAGUACCACUCGAUGAAGGUGUCGCGGGGCCGCUCCGUCUCGCCACUCGGCCGCGAGGCCGACGCCAGCCGCUGGGCGGUGCGCGGCGCGAGCGUCGAGCGCCUCUCGCCGGAGAAGCCGCCUCGAGGCUCGCUGCCGGCCGGCAGGCGCAAGUUCGCCUUCCAGAGCACGCUGCGCCUGAUCGAAAAGAAGAAGCUGGAGGCCCGACUGAGCCGCGAGGCCGAGGAGAAGGAGCAACGCCGCCGACUGGAGCAGGAGGCCAUGCAGCGUGUGGAGAGCGAGUUCCGCCAGAAGAGGAUCCGCGAGAAUGAGGAGGUGCUCCAGAAGCAUCAGUUGCGCAUCAAGGAGCUGGAGGCAUCGCAGGUCCCGCAGACCGAUCUGCCGGUGCACAAAGCGGCGGCCGACGCCCACUCCGCCAGCUCUGACGUCACCUCGUCAGGCUCCGCCAGCGACAUGGGCUUCAGCUCGCACAAAGAGUCUCCACAGUCCAGCCCGCGCAGCGCGUGCGACUCCUCGGCGCUGCCGCACUUCCAGCUGCCGGCGCGCCCUGGCGGCGGCGGCGCGGGCCUUCGCCGCGACCAGACUGACCUCUGGGAGCCGCCCGAGUGUCCGCCGCCCGACUACGGCAGCCUGCCACCGCUGCUGGACCAGAUGCCUGUGUCGUUGCCGCCGCCGGCGCCGGACCUGGCGCCGUCGCCGCCGCAGCUGACGGCGGUGAAGCAGUCGAGGCCGCGCUUCUUCGCCGGCGUCAAGAACUGGCUGCGGGGGAAGAAGGAGGCGGCGCGCGCGGCGGACAUGCUGCUCGUGCGCCGGGAGGAGCCAGAGGGCGAGGCCUCCUCCAGCCCGGACCAGGCGCCCGGGGCAGGUCCCCUGAGCCCGGCGCACUGGGGUUCCGAUGCGUCUCGGUGGUCGCACGGACCGGCUUACGGCCGGACCGCCACCGGCAGUCUGGCACUGAGCCCGGCCUCCCACGCCGGCUCGGCCGGCCAGCAGCCCAGCAGCGGCUACGAGUCGUCGCCCAGCCUCGACACGUCCAAGCGGCUGACGCAGGAGCUGACCGAGUACCGAGAGGACAGGCGCGAGUACCGCGACUACCGCACCCCGGCGCCCCGACAGCGGUACGCCCAAAGGGACAGGUCAGUCACGCCCCUGCGCCGCCCGAACGACCGCGCAGGCUAG